GAACUCCAAGAUCGGGCCUAUCGCAGGCCCAAACCAGUCUUCGGACAGAUUUACCUACUAACCAUGGUUAACUGAACGACACACCCCGCCUUAACCAGAGUACACUUCACAAUCAUCACUCACCAAAUCACUAGGGAGAACGAACCAAACUCGGUGGUGAGUCCAUCUUCCACAAAACCCAGAAGCAGAACUUUCAGGAAAUCUUUGAUGCGAAUUCAAUUAUCUUCUUCACCCUCCGAAUUACAGCAGAAAUGGCUACACCGUUUCUGGCUGGGCUUGCAGUAGCUGCUGCUGCUCUUGCUGGUAGAUAUGGUAUCCAGGCUUGGCAAGCAUUCAAGACUCGACCACCAAAACCUAGGGUUCGUAGGUUUUAUGAUGGUGGUUUUCAGUCUACUAUGACCAAAAGGGAAGCAGCUCUUAUCCUUGGCAUCAGGGAGAAUGCGGCACCAAACAAGGUCAAGGAAGCGCAUAGAAGGGUAAUGGUUGCAAACCAUCCUGAUGCGGGGGGUAGCCAUUACCUCGCUUCGAAAAUAAACGAAGCUAAAGAUGUGAUGCUUGGAAAGACGAAGGGCAGCGGCUCUGCUUUCUGAUUUGCUUGAACACCUCUUAACUGUUUCCAUUGCCGAUCCAUUAUGCCAUGGUUGGUGGAUGAUGAUGACCUUGAAGAGUAACUACCGCAACAGAGUUUUCCAGACGAGAUGGAAUUUAAGCUCUAACCAUGUUCUUUACCGUCAAAAGCUGUGAUGAAAUUAAAAGUUUUGCGUUUUGUUACUGUUUUCGGGAAACAGAAAUUAGAUCUUGUUCUGGCGUUGAUGGCUAUAGCAAUCAAUGUUAUGUACAAUAUAAGCAUUGCAGUCUUUGACGUCGUGCGAAUGCAUCGACUGCUGUAGACAUAAUUGGCCUUAGAGAAAGGAUCGGCGUUGCUGCUAACUGCAACUCUCCUUACCGUGUUUCCUUCUUACCGAUUGUUUAUAUACCUUUUUUGUCAA